GACUACCUGUGUCAGUAUGUCUAGUAUGUCAAUAUCUUCCAGAACUGUAUUUAAGAAGAGAGACAGGAAGGGGGGCCCAAUAAGCCACACAGAAGUUCACACAACUGUUCAACUGAGAAGUCCCUUGGGUGUCUCUUUUAAUUUUGCAGAGUUUUGAAGAUCCCUCAUUAUCUGCAAUAAUGAUCCAAUUGCUAAGUGUAGCCAUUGUUGCAGGAUUGUUCUUUGAAAGCAACCAGCAGCCAGCCAGAGUGCCUGACUUAGUUUUCCUCCCUCAACCAGGAUGCUGGACAAAAUGGUUUGACAGAGAUGACCCCUCUGGAACUGGAGACUGGGAAACCCUCUCUGAUCUUCGCAAGGAGUACCCAGGAAAGAUCUGCUCUAAACCAGUAGGUGUUGAGGCAAGAACUCUAUCUGGACUCACUGUGGCUGCAGCAGGGGAUGUGAUUUAUGUAAGUGACACAACUACAGGAUUCGUCUGCAGGAACCAGGACCAACCCAGGAAUAAGAUGUGUAAUGAUUAUCGUGUUCGUUUCAGCUGCCCUCCUGCUUUCUGUAAAGAAUGCUGGACAGACUGGUUUGACAGAGAUGACCCCUCUGGAACUGGAGACUGGGAAACCCUCUCUGAUCUUCGCAAGGAGUACCCAGGAAAGAUCUGCUCUAAACCAGUAGGUGUUGAGACAAGAACUCUAUCUGGACUCACUGUGGCUGCAGCAGGGGAUGUGAUUUAUGUAAGUGACACAACUACAGGAUUCGUCUGCAGGAACCAGGACCAACCCAGGAAUAAGAUGUGUAAUGAUUAUCGUGUUCGUUUCAGCUGCCCUCCCUGUUUCUGUAAAGUGUGCUGGACCAAGUGGUAUAACCGGGACGCUCCCAGUGGAACAGGGGACUGGGAGAAUUUGAUUAACCUGAGGACAGAAAACCCAGGACAAAUCUGUGACCACCCUCUGUCCAUUGAAGCAGUUACCACUGACACAUUGACCCCAGCCAUCUCCACAGGGCAGACCUUUAUCUCCAAUCCAACUGAUGGAUUUGUUUGCCGCAAUACGGACCAGAAAUCUGGCGCUUGCCGUGACUACAAAGUUCGGUUUGGGUGCCCAUGCAAUUAAGUCCUGACUCCACAGCAAACACUGAAGGAUAAGACACAACAUUAAAAUUUCU